AUGAGGUCAAUUCUUAUUAUGAUCGCUUUCAUUGCAGUUUUUGAAGGUGUUAUGUCACUCCCAAAUCAGAAUUCCGCGGAUGAUGGUUCUCAACAUCGGAUACACGAUGAUCACAAUCAUGCCAGGUCUCGUAGAAACUUAAUUCAGUUCUACAAGAUGAUUGAUUGCGCGACCUCUAACGACCCGUUAAAGUACAAUCAUUACGGAUGUUAUUGUGGACUUGGAGGGGAGGGGACCCCAGUGGAUGGUCUUGAUAGGUGUUGUCAAACACAUGAUGCAUGUUACAGGCGGAUAAACCGUGACAAGCUGUGUACUUUUCCCUGGAACAUCUACACAAAAGUUUACAAGAGAGAAGGAUGCGCUGAAUGUGCCCCUUCAAAUGACAAGUGCCAGCUUGCUAUCUGUCGGUGUGACAGUGACGCAGUGAAGUGCUUUGCAAGAAAUAAGAUUGAUCCUCAGUAUGAAAAUUAUCCACAGAGCAAAUGUAACUAAGAGACGACGUUAAACUCAACAAGAAAGUAUCAAGUUAAGAAAUAAAAAUCUUCCAUAGAAUCCUCAUUCCUAACCACAUUCCAUUUUCCCUGUGAACCCAGUUUUCGGCGACCUGAGGAAGAUUCUGGAAUUAACCUGAUUUAUUGUUCUUUGAUCUAUUAGUU